CCCGUACCCGGGCGGCCAGCUGGCGCCUGUGUCCUUGCGUCUCCGGUGUCUUCAAGGAGCAUGUCCAGCCCUCCGUCCAGAGGCCACCGUGGAUCAUGAAGGGGCCCCCGGAGACCAUGGGGAGGGGGCCAGCGGGACCCUCUGGAAGCCACAGCCGCAGAGCGAAGGCCCAGCACCUGGCCAUGCACUCACCGACUGGCUGCCAGCAAGCGGGGCCGGGGGAGGCCAAGGCCGAGCUCAGAGGCGAGACACUUGGGUGUCUGCGAGGUGCCUGUGCCGGAAGCCCAGGGAGUUGCUGUGUCACCGACGAAGCUCCGCCGCCUGGCCAGACGGCAGCGUAUCCCACAGACCUGGCCCUGCAGCUGCGGGCCGUGCGGAGGAGGAGCGGGCUGCCGGCCCCAGGCCUGCAGGAGGCCCUGCGGGCACGGCUGCGCCUGCUGGAGGGGGACAGCCGGGACGUGGCCCGCGUGCUGGGCGAGCUGUCGGCCAGGCUGCUGUCCAUCCACAGUGACCAGGACCGGAUCAUGGUGACGUUUAAGACGUUCGAGGAAAUCUGGAAGUUUUCUACCUACCACGCUCUCGGCUUCACGCACCACUGCCUGGAGAACCUGCUGGUGGGCCCGGCCUUCUGGCUGCUCCCGCCCCGCGAGGAGGAGGAGGAGACGGCCAUCCGUGUGCUGGUGGACCAGGACGCCCUGAGGGAGAUGCACGAGAGCCUCCUGGUCCAGGAAGGACGCUUUUUUGUCCUGUGUCCUGACCACCGGGUGAGAGCAACCACACGCUCAGGAAAGGACCCCCAGCCCCGCGGGCGCGCGUCGGGGGGAGACCUCCCGCCCUCCAGCUCCAGCGUGUCCUCCCAGGAGCCGGCCACCGCGCCAGCGCCAGCGCCCCUGGAGCCCUUUCACCAGUGGGCUCUGCGGGUCCCCUGGGACCCCGCCGAUGAUGCUGACUGUGGCCCCCCGGCGCCCAGCGUCCCGUGCGCGGGGCUUGGCCUGGCCUCCGCCGUGGCCGACCACCAGGGCGCAGGCCCCGAGGAGGUGUCCUUCCACAGCGGCGACGUCAUCGAAGUCCUCGGUGCCCGGGUGCCUGGCCUGCCCUGGUGCGUGGGCCGGCACGUGGCCAGCGGCCAGGUGGGCUUCGUGCCAGCCGGUCUGGUGCGCAUGCAGGAACCCACGUCGGGGUGGGAGAGCGCGGUGUUCCUGAGCGAGGAGGACCGGGCCUUCUUCGGCACCCAGAGCCACUUUUCUGAGGAGGACGCGCGGAAGCUGCUGAGCAGGAUGUCUGGCACAGACGUGGGCACCGUGUACAGCCUGGACCAGCUGGACGCCACGUGGGAGCAGCCGGAGACAGCAGAAACACAGCUUCCUCACGUGAACCUAGAGCCGUGCGAAACUCUGCAGACGAUCAAGAAUGUUCUAGAACAGUGCAAAUCCUGCCCGCCAUGUCCCGAGGAGCCAACCUCGUGGGACCCCCAGGCCUGGCCCCGCGGUGUGAGCGCGCCGGAGCCCGAGGAGCCCCCCUUCUGCCUGGAUGCAGGAGCCGACUGGGAAGACGCGGACGCUCCGGGCUCCCCACUGCGGGUGCUGAAUGCCCCUGGGCACCGGGCGUGCCCCCGCGGCCUGUGCGAGGCCUCGCUUCCAUGGCUCAGCGCGGCGCUCUGCGGCUCUGCAGACGAGGACGCGCUGGCUGAGCGCCUGGCGCGGGCCCGGGCGGCGGCCAAGAAAGCCGGUCUGGGCAUGGCCCUGGCCAGGCUCUGCUUCCUGCUGGGCCGGCUGUGUGCCCGGAGGCUCAAGCUGUCCCAGGCCCGGGUGUACUUCGAGGAGGCGCUGGGGGCCCUUGGACACAGCUUCGGAGACCUCUCCCUGACGGUGGCCGUGUACACCCACCUGGCCGCCAUUUACCUGAAGCAGAAGAACAGGCAGAAGGGUGUCCAGGUGGUUCCCAAGGCCGCGGCCCUGCUCCUGGGGACCCCCGGCCCCACGGCCAGCACGGAGGCGGAGGCCGAGCUCCUCCGGUAUGCCCUCCGCAGGGCCAUCUGCACCCGGAGUCCGCAGGCCGAGGCCCGGGCCUGCUUCCUGCUGGCCAAGCACCAUGCCCGCCUCAAGCAGGCCCACGAGGCCCUGCCCUACCUGGAGAGGCUGCUGCUGCUGCUGCCCACGCCGCCCCCCGGGGCCGCCUCCUGGCCCACCGACUGCCACCUGCUGCUGGCGGACAUCUACGGCCACAAGUGCUUGCCCCACCUGGCGCUGAGCUGCGUCCGGGCGGCCUCGCCCUGGAGCAGGGCCUCGCUGGCCGGCUGUCUGCGGAGUGCGCAGCUGGUCCUCCACAACGCGCCCGGGCUGCCCGGCCCGAGGAGGGCGGACUCCGGACUCCCCGCCCAGGCCGCCCACUACCUCCGGCAGGCGCUGGCCACCACGGCCGCGGGCCCCGGGCGGGCCCCGCGCGGCCCCCUCUGCGCCAGCCUGGCUCAGCUCCACAGCCAGCACGGGCAGCACGGCCAGGCCAUCGCGCUCAUGACGCAGGCCGUGCUGGCAGACGCUGGCUGCGGUGCCCGGCCCAUCGUGGACCGCCUGGUGUCGCUGGCCUGGUUAUGCCUGCUGCACGGGCAGAGCCCGGAGGCCCUGGGCAUCCUCCAGUCCAUCUUGGAGGCGGCGGUGGCCGGGGAGGACCAGGAGGGCGUGGUCACCAACAUGCUGGCCAUCGCCCUGCGGAGGACGGGCCGGACCCGGCGGGCGGCCGAGGGCUACUACCGCGCCCUCCGGGCCGCCCGGAGCCUGGGACAGCUGCACAACCAGGCCGUGGUGCUGGCCAACUUCGGGACCCUGUGUGCGCAGGUGGGCGCCAGCCGGCUGGCCCAGCACUACCUCCGGGAGGCCAUCGGCCUCUUCUCCCGGCUGCCCGGCCGGACGUGCGGCCGGGACUUCACCCAGGUCCUCCUGUGGAUGGGCCGUCUGUGCACCCGCGGGACCCUGGCCCAGCGUGGAAAGUGCUACUACAUGUGGGCCUUCCUGGUCGCUGUGGAGACCGGCCACCUGGAGAGCCAGCUGCAGGCUGUCCAGCAGCUCUGCCACUUCUACAGCAAGGUGGUGCCCAACGAAGCCCAGUGUGUCAUCUACCAUGAGUUCCAGCUCACACUGGCCCGCAGGGUGGCCGACAAGGCAUUGGAGGGUCAGCUCCUGGAGGCCAUCAGCCAGCUCUACCUGUCUUUGGGAACCGAGAGGGCCUACAGGUCAGCUCUGGACUACACCAAGCGGAGCCUGGGGAUCUUCAUCGACCUGCAGCGGAAGGAGAAGGAGGCGUAUGCCUGGCUGCAGGCGGGGAGGAUCUACUAUAUCCUACGCCAGAGCGAGCUGGUGGAUCUGUACAUCCAGGUGGCACAGAACACAGCCCUGUACACGGGCGACCCGCACCUGGGGCUGGCGCUGUUUGAGGCAGCCGGAGACAUCUUCUUCAACGGCAGCUGGGAGCGAGAGAAAGCUGUGUCCUUCUACAGGGACCGGGCGCUGCCGCUGGCCGUGGCGGUGGGGAAACGGGAGGCGGAGCUGCGGCUGUGUAACAAGCUGGCUGCACUGCUGGCCGCGCUGGGCACCCCCCAGGAAGGCCUGCAGUUUGCCCGUGAGGCUCUGGCCCUCAGCAUCGCCCUGGGUGACCGGCUGAACGAGCGCGUGGCGUACCACCGGCUGGCCGCCCUGCACCACCAGAUGGGCCACAGCGAGCUGGCAGAGCACUUCUACCUCAAGACCCUGUCGCUGUGCAGCUCGCCCCUGGAGUUCGAGGAGGAGACGCUGUACUACGUGAAGGUGUACCUGGUGCUCGGCGACCUCAUCUUCUACAACCUGAAGGACCCGUUUGACGCGGCCGGGUACUACCAGCUGGCCCUGGCUGCGGCUGUGGACCUGGGCCACAAGAAGGCCCAGCUGAAGAUCUACACGCGGCUGGCCACCAUCUACCACCACUUCCUCGUGGACCGCGAGAAGUCGCUCUUCUUCUACCAGAAGGCCAGGGCCUUUGCCGCCGAGCUCAGCGUGCGCAGGGCUCACCUGCUGCCUCAGCGCCUCUACAGCGGCUGCCCCUGGCUGGUCCCCGACCCACGCCCUGACCCGUGCCCCAGCCCCCGACCCCCGCCCUGA